AUGUCUUCCCCAGUGAGUCUUGGCCACAGCACAAACUCUCUCGGAGGCUCACCUCUGUCUGCAGCGCUCACCGCCCGCCCGCCGCCGUGCCCGGCCUCGCAACCGCAUACCGGAGCUUUGCACGCUGCCGCUCUCGGAGGGGGUGGCACCGGGGCGUCUGGCGGCUGGCACUUGCACUCUGGGCGUUUGUCGAGGCUGGAGUACCUAUGGCUCCGUGGGAAUGCCAUGACGUCAUCGAGCGGGGUGACAUCACCGGAAGUGGACGAGUACAGGACAUACGCCCAGUUGAAGCCUCUUACGGCAGUAUGCCAGCGUAACAGUAUACCAAAUAGGUACCAAAAGUAUACCAAAUAUGACACUGUAUUUUCCUUAGUGUUUCAUAUAUUCACAUACCAAAAGAAUACCACAAAAAGGGAGAAAAAAAUUGAGUCUUUCCUCCGUGCCGACUUCCAGAGCGCGGGUGUGAGAUCGCCGUGGACAGAGACUCGAGCAACGCUGUGGCUAGUCUUCCCGAAGGGGUUUGGAGGGAGGAACCUGCGCCCGCACUCCACGCCCGCGACCCUCAUGUGGCUGGAGGAGAACUACGAGAUGGCGGAGGGCGUGUGCAUCCCGAGGAACACCCUGUAUCUGCACUACGUCGACUUCUGCAACAAGAAGAUGUUGCAGCCUGUCAACGCCGCCAGCUUUGGGAAGAUCAUUCGACAGCAGUUUCCUGGCCUGACAACCCGACGCCUGGGCACCCGAGGGCAGAGUCGAUACCACUACUACGGCAUCGCCAUCAGGGAGGGCUCUAUCUACUAUGAAGUCAACUACAGCAAGAAGGGAAUCCACAGUGAAGGCGGGCAACCCAUCGCAGGAGAAGUAACAGAAGCCUCAUUAACGGCCGGAAAGCUCUCUACCGUUUUGCCUGAAUUUCCUUCCCUCAAGGACGUGCUGUUGCCUCCUCAUGUCGCCCCCGAUAAGGUGGCCACGUUCGUCAUGAUGUACCGGACGCACUGCCAGCGAAUCCUCGACACGGUGAUUCGAGCGAGUUUCGACGAGAUCCAAAGUUUCCUGGUGCAUUUCUGGCAGGGAAUUCCACCCCAUCUGGUGAGCAUCUUGGGAACUAAUGUCUUGGUGAAUCUGGUGGGCGUCUGUGACUCGAUUCUCUAUCGGGCCGUCUGCAGUGUGCUCAUGCCUUCCGUGUUGCAGGCCAUUCCAGACAGCUUGACGCAAGUGAUCAGAAAAUUCACACAUGACCUGGACUCGUGGCUGCGCGUGGCACUGGAUGACCUGCCCGAGAACCUGCGCCAGGUCAAGAUUGAUCUGGCCCGCCGCUUCGCCCGCAUGCUCCGCCGGCAGACGUCGCUGAACCACCUCUGCCAGGCGUCGCGGAUGGUCCUCCACUCGCCCGACAUCACGCAGCAGAUGAUCCACGACUGGCGGCAGGUGGACCUCGAGGCCAUCAGCCACCAGACCUUCUACGCCAUGGACAAGCACACCACCAACGGCGUCACGGUCGAGCUCAUCAUGAACCUAUACAGCGACUUCGAGAGGCUACUGGAGGAGGGGGCGCCCUUAGAGGCCUACAGCGAGUGGCUGGAGGCGAUGGUGGAGCGGUGCGUGCUCUUGGGCGCCCGCAGGAACAAGGCGCCCAUCCACAAGGUCGCCCAUUCCUUCCUCCUGAUGUGGUCCUGCUUCGGCACGCGCGUCAUCAGGGACAUGACGCUGCACUCCGCCCCGAGUUUCGGUUCCUUCCACUUGCUCCACCUGAUGUUCGACGACUACGUGCUCUACCUGGUGGAGUCUCUGCACGCCGAGGAGAAGGCGAGGGAGCUUCUCAAUAACAUCGCUACGGACUCGCCACCUGACUGCUCUGACCCGGGAUUUGGCGAACCGGAUAACGAAGACAGCCUCCACGCCCUUUCCUUCCUGAUGGGGGGGUCGACGGGCAUGGGCAUGGCUGGCCUCGCCUCUCCCUCCACGCCCGGGGUGUCGCCCAAUUCCCAGCCGUCGCACGAUCUGCACAUCUCGCCCACGCCCACGAAUGUGCUCGGCCUCGACGGCAGCCUAGUGGACGAAGACGGCAGCAUGGACUACAUCGCGUCGGGCGUGGCCAACUCCGUGGGCGCGGGCGUGGGCGUGCAGGCAGGCAACGCUACGCCCGCGAUCACCUCCGUGGGCGUCACGGCGACGGCGUCCUCCGUCUCGGCGUCUGCGGGCGUUGGAGGAGGAGGAGGAGGCGGCGGGGCGCCCAUGAGCGGGGAUUAUUACGCCUACGAGUACGACUCUCGCAGCUACAGGAUCCCGUCCAGCUUCAUGGGACGGAACUACCUGUACCCGCCCACCUCCGCCGCCCUCAACCAGUCCGUGUUGUAUUCUGCCAACUACUACCAGGCUUACGACCCUUCCUAUUAUUCCAAUAGGUUCAAAGCAAAAGAUAUUGAAGGAUAA